AGCGACCACCGUCCGGCCAUGGCGCCAAAGGCGCCGCAGCGGCCCCCGGAAGAGACGCUGCUGCUAUGGAAGCGGGAGCAAGCCCGGCUGCGGGCGCGCGUGGUGCAGCGGGACACGGAGGCGUGGCAGCGGGAGCCCGGCUUCCCGGGGCUGCGCAGGGUCGGCGGCGUGGACGUGUCCUUCGUGAAAGGGGACAGCGUCCGCGCGUGUGCCUCCCUGGUGGUGCUCAGCUACCCCGAGCUGCAGGUGACCGGGCCCAGCCGACCCCACGCCGUCUCCUGGAGCACGCUGUCCUCUGCCUGGAUGUCCCGGGGCUGGCCCCUCCGCCCCCCGGGGUGGUGUAUGAAGAGAGCCGCUUGGUCAGUCUGACGGCCCCCUAUGUGUCCGGCUUCCUGGCCUUCCGGGAGGCGCCCUUCCUGGUGGACGCGGUGCAGCGACUGCAGGAGAAGGCACCCGACCUCAUGCCGCAGGUCCUUCUUGUGGAUGGCAAUGGAGUGCUGCAUCACCAAGGCUUUGGGGUGGCUUGUCACCUUGGCGUCCUUACGGAUCUGCCAUGCAUUGGAGUGGCCAAGAAGCUCCUGCAGGUGGACGGCCUGGAAAAUGACGCCCGACACAAGGAACAGAUUCAGCUCCUGCGGGCCGGCGGAGAGACCUUCCCGCUGAUCGGAGGCUCUGGGGCCGUCCUGGGAAUGGCCCUGAGGAGCCAUGACCGCAGCACCAAGCCACUCUACGUCUCCGUGGGUCACAGGGUCAGCCUCGAGACGGCCGUGCGCCUCACCCACCACUGCUGCCGCUUCCGGGUCCCAGAACCCGUGCGCCAGGCUGACAUCCGCUCCCGGGAGCAUGUCCGCAGGACCCUGGGGCUGCCUGCGCCUGGACAGCUGAGUGUCAUGACCAGGGGCCAGAAGGUGCCUAGGCCCAGCGGCAGCUCCAGAGAGCCUGAGGGUGAGGGUGACCCCCUGAGGACCACAGCCGAAGUGCCAGGACAGACCUGAAAGACCCACUCCAGGAC